AUGGAAGUUCUCUAUCUAACCUAUGGUGUUCCAUCUAUUAUUUUGACACUGUUCUUCUUGAUAUUCUUAAAUAGAAGCGAGUUCAAAUACUCAUUCUACCGUAUCGUUCAAUGCGACCUAAUUGUCAAUGUCUUUUGCUUCUCUGAAUGCAUCAACUUUUUCUAUAACUUACAAUCAGUAAGUGUCAUUAUUAUGUCUAUACACCGCCUAUCAGCAUCUGAGUUUAUCAAAGCUAACGAGUUCUGGACCAGACGUUAUCUUCCCAUAUACAGCAUUACUGUAUCCACCUUUGUCUGCUUCAAUCUAUUUGUCUAUUUAAGUGACUGGACUCGGCCAUUACGUUAUGAUGAUCUCACCAAAGUUUUUGUAUCUGUUUCCGCAGAAGCAGUAGUUACAUUUUUAGUUGAAAAAUGCACAUUCCACCUUUUGCAGACCAAAAGCGCACUAUGGUCCCAGAUCUUUUACUGGAUGUCUCUCACAUAUUUUUCGGUGAUUUUGUUCACCAACAUCCUCACUAUAAUUUCAAUCAAAACUCGAUAUAACAAAAAAUCAGCCAGCGAGAAGACUCGGAGAAUGAUGAUCAACUUGACUCUGAUUACUUCCAUCAAUUCAUCCAUAUUUUUCAUUGUGUUCAUCUGGCAAUCAAUUGGAAAAAGUAUCAUGGAGCUUCAAACCUACAUGGCUUCCAUGUAUGUUUUGUCGGAUUCGAUGACCUUACUUCUUCCAUAUAUGCUUCUAGUCUUUGACAGUAACGUUCGGAAGGCAUUGGCUAAAGCUAUUGGAAGUAAAGCUGUAUGGUUGGCAAGAAGCUUGGGAACCGAUUCAUCUCUUUUGAGGACUACAAGUGUUAUCAAUGUCAUCGGAACAAACUAA